AUGUUUACACUAGUUGCUCUUGACCCUGCCAUGGUGUCUCCAAUACUCUAUGACACGAUUACGAACCCUUCUAAUGAGAUCAAACAAUUGUAUAAAUCUCAAGGUGUACCUGAAUUCAUAAACAUCGUUGAGAAUCAUUUCAGGGAUCUCCUUUCACCACAAGAUGCCUUUUAUCAAAUACCACCUCUCGGAGUCUCUCAUCCACCAACUCUUCAUAGGCAAAGGAGUCUCGUGCGCUUUAUGGGAAUGGUGCAAGAUACAUCAGCCUCUCCUGAAGUUUACCUAAGCGAACUGGAUGAUGGGUCUUUUGGCGGAUGGGGUAUCUAUGAAAACCAGGUACCUUCAGAGCAAGACGCAAACGACGAUCGAAGCACAGCCAUGGACUAUUCGAAGCUCAGGGAACGCGAGUCUGUUUGGGUGGUCACUUUACCCGCUCAAUCUGAAUGGGCACGGGAUCUGGCUGGAUGGCUUAAUCAGCCUUACUCACAUGUGUGCAUUCUAGCAAUAAGUUUUCCCAGCUAUACAUGUAGUAAGCAAUAUAAGCAUCCUUCUGAUAUUAAGGGAGGUUUCGGGAUAUCUGCGAAGCUAUACGAUGGGAGAAGCAAUCUAAAACCAGGAGAAACGAGGAUAUUCGUUGGUAUAUUAGAUGAGGAAUCCAUAGAAGAUGAAGACUUUAACGAACAGCAGAACACUGCCAAAACAACCCAACCUAUUCUCCAUGUUCUCUUUACCAUGGAUUCCCCUGAUGCUAGUGUCUUCAAUAUGGAGCAAUUACAAGCAUCCUUGCCUACGGACGCGAACGCCAUCAGGAAGGAGCUGAUUGAGUGGAUUGCAAAUGAAGGAUUGGGUGGAGACACUUCAACGGCAACUUGGAUGCUUCUAUUGAGCUUAACCAAAGUCCUUACCAUAGCAUCCUUCCCGGAUCCUUCCGAGGAUGAUUCAUCCCGCCCAGCGAUUAUCUCCGUAUUACAGAGCAUUCUACCUGCCGUAGAGACAGCCCCAUUGACACUAGAGAGGAUAAACGGCCGUUCAUUGAUUCCAAAUAGUGUCAAUGAAGAUCUUCACGCAGGUCUCCUGCAACAACCAGAAGCCACCGUGAUGAUUGUGACAGAGAGUGGUCUAAAAAAUCUGAACGCAUUGCAGUCGGCUAUCUCCACGCAGUCUCUCGCCUAUUCUUUCCCUUACAGCACAUUCUCAUUCAACAUCGACCUCAUUUUCGCAGUCCUUACCAGUGGGAGUAAAAGUGCAUUUUUAAAAACUGAUGUCGUUGUCCGCUUGAAGGAUGGUAUGACUUCCAAAGCUCUGUACAAGGAGGCUAAAGAUAUCCAAUUACCGUCAAAAGAGAAACUAGACUCCUUUCGUGAUUACAUAGCAGCUUGUCGCAAAUUGACGGUUACCCUUGAGGAGGAAGUGGGCAAGGUGACCAGAGUUUCCCACAAUCCCGUGCACCAACUCAUGAUUUUGCAGUUCAUUGAAGAUGAAUUUGUACGAUUACGACGAGAGUCAACUUCAGCAUUAUCGUCGGAUGACCUUGUUCGACGUAUGACAAUAGCGAAGCUUCUAGCGGCAUCUCAGAUGGAGGACAAGCUGACAAAGGAGAUAUGGUCGACUGCUACUGUCAUGGACGAAUCACGUAGUAAAUAA